UGUGGCAGGCGGCGGGGGCCGGCGAGGGCGCCGGGCCGCAAGGAGUGGCUCGGCGCGGAGAGGCGCGCUCCAGGACUCGGACGGCGCGGCGCCGGCCGCUGCGAGCGCCACUGAGCGCACUCCCCUUGGGUCGCGCAACUUCUCUGCCAGGGCGCGGGCGCUCGCAGAGCGCUCUCAGCCCCGGAGCCGCAGGAGCGCAAAGGGGCGCGCCGGAGCCUGGCUCCGGAGCGGGCGCCCGGCACCCAUCGCGCUCCGAGCGCCGGGCAGCCCUCCGCGCAGCGUGGCUGCCGCUGCUCCCACCAAGGGCACGGGCUGGCUCGGCCCGGCGCCGGGAGGACGGCGAGGAGGAGGCGGCGGCGGCGGAGACGGCGGCGGCGAGGCUGGGGCCAGGGAGAAAGCCCUGGGGGAGAGGCACCCGAGCCGGGCCGCGGGAUCAUGUGGGCCCGGAGCGGAACGCAGGGCGCUCUGCUGCUGGCGCUGCUACUCUGCUGGGACCCGAGGCUGAGCCAAGCAGGCCCUGACCAGGUGCUGCCCGACGCCUUCCCGUCGGCGCCGGCCGAGCCGCUGCCCCACUUCCUGGAGGAGCCGCAGGACGCCUACAUCGUGAAGAACCGGCCCGUGGAGCUGCGCUGCCGCGCCCGCCCCGCCACGCAGAUCUACUUCAAGUGCAACGGCGAGUGGGUCAGCCAGAACGACCACGUCACGCAGGAGGGCCUGGACCAGGCCACCGGCCUGCGGGUGCGCGAGGUCCAGAUCGAGGUGUCGCGGCAGCAGGUGGAGGAGCUCUUUGGGCUGGAGGACUACUGGUGCCAGUGUGUGGCGUGGAGCUCCGCGGGCACCACCAAGAGCCGCCGGGCCUACGUCCGCAUCGCCUACCUGCGCAAGAACUUCGACCAGGAGCCUCUGGGCAAGGAAGUGCCCCUGGACCACGAGGUUCUCCUGCAGUGCCGCCCGCCAGAGGGGGUGCCUGUGGCUGAGGUGGAGUGGCUCAAGAACGAGGAUGUCAUAGACCCCACCCAGGACACCAACUUCCUGCUCACCAUCGACCACAACCUCAUCAUCCGCCAGGCCCGCCUGUCGGACACAGCCAACUACACCUGCGUGGCCAAGAACAUCGUGGCCAAGCGCCGGAGCACCACAGCCACGGUCAUCGUCUAUGUGAACGGCGGCUGGUCCAGUUGGGCAGAGUGGUCGCCCUGCUCCAACCGCUGUGGCCGAGGCUGGCAGAAGCGCACGCGGACCUGCACCAACCCCGCCCCACUCAACGGAGGCGCCUUCUGCGAGGGCCAGGCCUUCCAGAAAACCGCCUGCACCACUGUGUGCCCAGUGGACGGCGCGUGGACUGAGUGGAGCAAGUGGUCAGCCUGCAGCACCGAGUGUGCCCACUGGCGCAGCCGAGAGUGCAUGGCGCCCCCGCCCCAGAACGGAGGCCGGGACUGCAGCGGGACGCUGCUGGACUCCAAGAACUGCACCGAUGGGCUGUGCGUGCAGAAUAAGAGAACUCUAAGCGAUCCCAAAAGCCACCUCCUGGAGGCCUCGGGAGACGUGGCACUGUACGCAGGCCUGGUGGUGGCCGUCCUGGUGGUGGUGGCCGUCCUCACGGCGGCGGGGGCUGUGGUGUACCGCCGUAACUGCCGCGACUUCGACACGGACAUCACCGACUCCUCUGCUGCCCUGACUGGUGGCUUCCACCCCGUCAACUUCAAGGCUGCGAGGCCCGGCAACCCCCAGCUCCUGCACCCCUCUGUGCCUCCCGACCUGACAGCCAGCGCCGGCAUCUACCGUGGGCCAGUGUACGCCCUGCAGGACUCGGCCGACAAGAUCCCCAUGACCAACUCGCCCCUGCUGGACCCCCUGCCCAGCCUCAAGAUCAAAGUCUACAGCUCCAGCACCACCAGCUCCGCGCCUGGCCUGCCGGACAGGGCCGACCUGCUGGGAGUCCUGCCGCCCGGCACCUACCCUGGCGACUUCUCCCGGGACACACACUUCCUGCACCUGCACGGCGCCAGCCUGGGCUCCCAGCAGCUCCUGGGCCUGCCCCGGGACCCGGGGAGCAGCGUCAGCGGCACCUUCGGUUGCCUGGGCGGGAGGCUCAGCAUCCCUGGCACAGGGGUCAGCCUGUUGGUGCCCAAUGGAGCCAUUCCCCAGGGCAAGUUCUACGAGAUGUACCUACUUAUCAACAAGGCAGAAAGCACCCUCCCACUUUCAGAAGGGACCCAGACAGUAUUGAGCCCCGCGGUGACCUGCGGGCCCACGGGCCUCCUGCUGUGCCGCCCCGUCAUCCUCACCGUACCCCACUGUGCUGAAGUCAGUGCUGGCGACUGGAUCUUCCAACUCAAGACCCAGGCCCACCAGGGCCACUGGGAGGAGGUGGUGACCCUGGACGAGGAGACCCUGAACACCCCCUGCUACUGCCAGCUGGAGGCCAGGUCCUGCCACAUCCUGCUGGACCAGCUGGGCACCUACGUGUUCACAGGGGAGUCCUAUUCCCGCUCGGCCAUCAAACGGCUCCAGCUGGCCGUCUUCGCCCCGGCCCUGUGCACCUCCCUGGAGUACAGCCUCAGGGUCUACUGCCUAGAGGACACGCCCGUGGCACUGAAGGAAGUGCUGGAGCUGGAGCGGACGCUGGGUGGCUACCUGGUGGAGGAACCCAAACCCCUGCUGUUUAAGGACAGUUACCACAACCUGCGCCUCUCCCUGCAUGACAUCCCCCAUGCCCACUGGAGAAGCAAGCUGCUGGCCAAGUACCAGGAGAUCCCCUUCUGCCACAUCUGGAGUGGCAGCCAGAAGGCCCUGCACUGCACGUUCACCCUGGAGAGGCACAGCCUGGCCUCCACGGAGCUCACCUGCAAGAUCUGCGUGCGCCAGGUGGAAGGGGAGGGCCAGAUAUUCCAGCUGCACACCACGCUGGCCGAGACUCCUGCUGGCUCCCUGGACGCCCUCUGCUCCGCGCCCAGCAGCGCCGUCACCACCCAGCUUGGACCCUAUGCCUUCAAGAUUCCACUGUCCAUCCGCCAGAAGAUAUGCCACAGCCUCGACGCCCCCAAUUCACGGGGCAACGACUGGCGGCUGCUGGCGCAGAAGCUGUCCAUGGACCGGUACCUGAAUUACUUUGCCACCAAAGCGAGCCCCACCGGGGUGAUCCUGGACCUCUGGGAAGCUCUGCAGCAGGACGACGGGGACCUCAACAGCCUGGCGAGUGCCUUGGAGGAGAUGGGCAAGAGCGAGAUGCUGGUGGCCAUGGCCACUGACGGGGACUGCUGAGUGCCCAGAACCCUGGGCCAGCAGGGACAGGCAGGAGGCCUCGCAGGGAGGCUGAGCUGGGGUUGCUCCUCCUCCUCCUCCUCCUCCUCCCCUGCCCUAGACCACAACCAGCCUUAGAAAAUCCACGCGCAGUGCUGCCCAGAGGGCCGGUGCUCCCGCCUGCUGCCCCUGCUGGCCUCACGCCUCACGUGGGAGCUGGGGUGAGGCCCUGGGGCAGGAAGAGGGCCAGGCGGUGGCCCUCCCUCCACCGCCUCCCACCCUGCGCCCCAGGUCCCUCUGGGUCCCUCUGGGUUCCUUCCGUCCUCAUGCUCUCCCUCCCGCCCCGGCUGCCACGCCCUCCGCCCUGAGGAGUCACGUUCAACCCAGACCAACCCCUUUCUCCUGCCCACACCAGAAAGGAAAGGAAGGGGAGAGGAGCCCCGGACGCUCGCCAGGCCGGCGAAGAAGAGAGCAUGGAAACCGCAGGGAAGGGAAAACCCAGUUUCUUAGGAAACGCAAACCAUUUAUUAUCCAGAUAUUUGGAUAAGUCCUUUUUACGAAAAAAAAAAAAAAAAAAAAAAAAAUGAAAAAAAAAAAGACAAAAAAAUAGAAAA